UGCUGGGCUCUGAUUGGUGCAGAGAGACGGCCCAGUGUUCAGCUCCUCGUGGUUCGGGUCGGGAGCGUUCAAGUAUUAUAAUAAUAAUAAUAAUAAUAAUAAUCUCAAUCUCAAUUAAUUGUGAUUUAAAACCGCAGAAGAAAAUGAAUAUCCGAAACGCGAGACCGGAUGAUCUCAUGAACAUGCAGCAUUGUAACCUGCUGUGUCUGCCAGAGAACUACCAGAUGAAAUAUUACUUGUACCAUGGGCUGUCCUGGCCGCAGCUUUCCUAUAUCGCUGAAGAUGAGAAUGGGAAAAUAGUGGGCUAUGUAUUGGCUAAAAUGGAGGAAGACCUGGAUGACAUCCCACACGGUCACAUCACAUCCCUGGCUGUGAAGCGCUCCCACAGACGCCUAGGUUUGGCUCAGAAGCUGAUGGACCAGGCAUCCCGCGCCAUGAUGGAGAACUUCAACGCAAAAUACGUGUCUCUGCAUGUGCGCAAGAGUAAUCGGGCUGCUCUGCACCUGUACUCCAACACACUGAAAUUCCAGAUAAGUGAAGUGGAGCCCAAGUACUAUGCUGAUGGUGAGGACGCCUUCGCCAUGAAGAGAGACCUGGCAGUGCUGGCAGACGAGCACCCUGAAGAGAUGGAGAGAGUCAGAGCCGAGUUCAGCAGUGCCUUGGCGAUCCGCAGAUCAAACCACCUGGGGGGCGGAGGCGGGGGGGAGUGUUGCCGUGACGACAAGUGCGGUGGCGCCGCUGCCGGAGCAGUGCACCCUGGGAAACAGGGGGGCCAGGAGGACAGCGGGGGGGACAGCAAGGACGCGAGCGAGACUACGGAGAGCACAGACCUGAAGGACAGCUCAGAGGCGUCUGAUUCGGCUUCUUAGAGAGCAUACAUAAUUCAUGGUGAUAAAUAUAACUUCAUUAGUUAGUGAGACAUACAGUGGAUGAGAGAGGGGAGGGAGGGAGGGAGAGAGAGAGAGGGGAGAGAGAGGAUUCAUAAGUUCAAUGAGAAACGUUUCCACAGGAAGCCUCAUUUCAAGUUGAAGUAUUUCCAUUGAAGACUGAGAAAGGCUUCUAGUGGAAACGUUUGCUGUUGAAAUUAAGAAGUUUCUUUUGGUGUUUCCGUUAAGAAAGAGAACUCCACUCAACACCACAGAGCUGUGUGUUAAACUUGUUAAUUAUUUUGGAAGUAAUGAUGAAAAAAAUAAAAAAUGGCUUAAAACACAA